CCCGCCGCCCUCCGCAUUACGUCCGAGCUCGACCCCUCCGUCGUGCCACCCUCUCUUCCUCAGCCUUGGACCAUACCAAUUGGGCAUCGUGCUGCUUCAGUCGAUGCAUCCAUACCGUCUGCGUCUCUUGUCUCGUCGAACCCUCUCUCCCAUCCCACCUAUCAUCCAACAUCCCCACCGCUCGUGGCGAACCUUCACGAUGAACCCCGGAAAGCUGGCCGACGGGGACUCUGCAAAGCACCCCAAGAAGCUGAUCUUCGCCCCUGGUGACAUCCAGGCCACUACCGACCCUAAAACCACCCCAACACCCUCACUCGAUGCGUCGACCGCGCCGGCACCCAUCUCUCGUCUCGCCGCAGAAACCCUCCGCUCGAACGCCUCGACGCCCGACUCCGUGACCGAAAAUGACAUCGUCUCCCACCCUGCGCGCGCCCACCAGUUCGUGAGCAACCCCCCACUCACCAUCUCCCAGAUGCACCCGACCAACCCUCUCCACCAAUUCCAUUCCUGGUUCUGCGAUCCCCGUCUGCUGCCUUCCUCCGCGCCCGAGACCUGCACCCUCGCCACGGCCAGCAUGCCCACGGGCCGCGUCAGCGCCCGCGUCGUAUACCUGAAGGAACUGGAUGAGCGCGGCUGGGUGGUGUACAGUAACUGGGGCAGUCGCGAAGGCAAAGGCGGCCAGGUGUUUGGCAACCACGCGGACGGUGAGGACACGCUGAGUGCCAUGCCCGAGCCGGGUCAGGAUGAGAGUCUUCAGGAAGGUCUGCAGCAGGGUAACAAGUGGGCGGCACUGACGUUCUGCUGGUCGAAUCUGGAACGCCAGGUGCGUAUCGAAGGUCUUGUCGAGCCCCUCAGUCGCGAGGAGAGUGAGGUGUACUGGCGGACGCGCGAACGGGGCAGUCAGAUCGGCGCCUGGGCCAGCUGGCAGAGCAAGGUAUUGUGGUCCAUGGAGCCUCAGAUAUUGAUUGAUCGGCGACGCAAGAGCCUGGAUCCGACCUUGCGUCCGCAGAUCCCGGUGGAUGUGGACGAGACGGAUAUUGAUGAUGGUCGGGCGUUGCUAGAGAAGCGGGUGCGGGAGAUGGAAGAACGGUUUGCGGGGGUCGAGCACAUCCCUCUGCCUCCGUAUUGGGGCGGCGUACGCUUGGUGCCUGAGUCAGUGGAGUUCUGGCAGGGGCGUCGCAGUCGUUUGCAUGAUCGGUUCCGGUAUGUGAGGGUGCAUGCCGAGGAUGAGUCGGCGUAUAGAUGGCGGAUUCAGAGACUGUCGCCGUGAGCUGGUACCUGAUAGAGUGCAGAGUGCAGUGUAUGGAUGCAAUGCAUGGAAUGGAACUGUAGAUGAGACCACGAGAUACCAGAUCGUAAGAAUUGAAGAGUGAUACAUCAAAUCUCAAG